AAUACGAUCGUAUAUAUUAUCUAAUUUUGUAUUUUUCCUAGUUAAACCAAUACGAGCGCAGACUGUCGGCCGGAUUCGUAAUUAAACAAAAAAGGCAAGGGCAAGGCGCCCACUGCCCAAGUGCUCUUUCCCGUUCGUUCCGCUUCCACCAGACCAGACCUCCACAUGCUCUAGUCAACCCCACCCCACUGCCAGACGCGCCGCAAGCGACUCAUCUGCCAGACGCCGGGAGCGAGCUAAACAAAGACCACCACGCUCUCCAGUCUCCACGCUCCAGCGCUCGCACGGGCACGGCAGGCACGGCAAUGCCGACGCCGCCGCCACCCGCCGCCGCGCGCCUCAUCCCACUAUUCCUCCUCCUCGCCGUCUGGGUCGCCAAUGCUGCGACGCCACCGUCGCAGGCGGACGCGUUGCUCGCGUGGAAGUCGAGCCUGGGUAACCCGGCCGCGCUCUCCACCUGGACGAACGCCACCGCGGUGUGCGCCGGCUGGCACGGGGUCUCCUGCGACGUGUCCGGCCGUGUCGCGUCGCUCCGGCUGCGCGGGCUCGGCCUGACCGGCGGCCUCGGCGCCCUGGACCUCGCGGCGCUCCCGGCCCUGGCCGACCUCGACCUCAACGGGAACAACCUCGCGGGCCCCAUCCCGGCGGGCGUCUCGCGGCUGCGCGCCCUCGCCACGCUCGACCUUGGCGGCAACGGGUUCAACGGCUCCAUCCCGCCGCAGCUCGGGGACCUCUCGGGCCUCGUCGAGCUGCGGCUCUACAACAACAACCUCGCCGGCGCCAUCCCGCACCAGCUGAGCAGGCUCCCCAGGAUUGCGCACUUCGACCUGGGCCAAAACUACCUGACCAACCCGGACUACGGCAGGUUCUCGCCGAUGCCCACCGUGGCGUUCCUCUCGCUCUACCUCAACAACCUCAGCGGCAGCUUCCCGGAGUUCGUGCUCGGGAGCGGCAACGUCACCUACCUCGACCUGUCGCAGAACGCGUUCUCCGGGCCGAUACCGGACGCGCUGCGGGAGAGGCUGCCCAACCUGAGGUACCUCAACCUGUCCGUCAACGCGUUCUCCGGGUCUAUCCCGCCGUCGCUCGCGAGGCUGACGAAGCUCCAGGACCUGCGCAUCGGCGGCAACAGCCUCAGCGGCGGCGUCCCGGAGUUCCUCGGGUCGAUGUCGCAGCUGAGGGUUCUUGAGCUCGGCGGCAGCCCGCUCGGCGGGCCGCUCCCGUCGGUUCUUGGCCGGCUCCGAAUGCUGCAGCGGCUCGACAUAAAGAGCGCCCAGCUGGUGUCCACUCUGCCGCCGGAGCUCGGCAAGCUUACCAGCCUCGAUUACGUGGACCUUUCCGGCAACCAGCUCUCCGGGAGCUUGCCGGCGUCGUAUGCCGGGAUGCGGAAGAUGCGGGAGUUCGGCAUAUCGUCGAACAACCUCACCGGCGAGAUCCCAGGGGGGCUGUUCGCGAGCUGGCCGGAGCUCAUAUCAUUCCAAGUGCAGAACAACUCGCUGACCGGAAAGAUUCCGCCGGAGGUAGGCAAGGCAACGAAGCUGAGAUUCUUGUAUCUCUUCAGCAACAACCUCACCGGCUCUAUUCCCCCGGAGCUCGGCAGGUUGGCGAACCUGAACGAACUGGAUUUGUCGGUGAACUCGCUCACCGGGCCGAUCCCUAGUUCGUUUGGCAACCUCAAGCAGCUCAAGAGGCUGGCGCUCUUCUUCAACAGGCUCACCGGCACGAUCCCGCCGGAGAUCGGCAACAUGACAGCAUUGCAAAUCUUGGACGUCAACACCAACCAGCUGGAAGGCGAGCUGCCCGCCACCAUCUCAUCCCUGCGGAACCUCCAGUACCUCGCCUUGUUCGACAACAACUUCAGCGGCACCAUCCCGCCGGACCUCGGCGAGGGGCUGGCCUUGAUCGACGUGGGCUUCGCGAACAACAGCUUCUCCGGCGAGCUGCCGCGGAGCCUCUGCGGCGGCUUCGCGCUGCAGAACUUCACGGCCAACCACAACAACUUCAGCGGCAAGCUGCCGCCGUGCCUGAAGAACUGCACCGAGCUGUACCGGGUGCGGCUGGAGGGGAAUCACUUCACCGGUGACAUCUCGGAGGCGUUCGGGGUUCACCCCAGCUUGAAUUACUUCGACGUCUCCGGGAACAAGCUGACCGGCCGGCUGUCGGAUGAUUGGGGGCAAUGCACCAAGAUCACGCGCCUGCACAUGGACGACAACCGCAUGUCGGGCAGCAUUCCAGCGGCGUUCGGGAGCAUGGCAAGCUUGCAGGACCUCAGCUUGGCUGAAAACAACUUGACAGGAGCCAUCCCACCUGAGUUGGGUGAUCUCAGCAUCUUGUUCAGCCUCAAUCUGAGCCAUAACUCCUUUUCAGGGCCAAUUCCAGCAAAUUUGGGCAACAAUUCCAAACUGCAGAAAAUUGAUUUGUCAGGGAACAUGCUUGCCGGGACAAUACCAAUGGGCAUUGGCAAGCUUGGUUCACUAACCUUUCUUGAUUUGAGCAAGAACAAGUUGUCGGGGCAGAUACCAAGUGAGCUCGGCAAUCUGGUUCAGCUGCAGAUCCUGCUUGAUCUGAGCAGCAACUCGCUGUCUGGCGCUAUCCCCUCAAAUCUCGUGAAGCUGAUGAAUCUGCAAAAACUGAAUUUGUCACGCAACGAGCUCAGCGGUUCUAUCCCAGCUGGUUUCUCUAGCAUGUCGAGCCUGGAGACGGUUGAUUUCUCUUACAAUCAGCUCACAGGUGAGAUACCGUCAGGCAACGCUUUCCAGAACACUUCGGCGGAGGCUUACACCGGGAACCUGGGCCUUUGUGGCAAUGUGCAAGGCAUACCACCUUGCCACGGCAGUUCUAGCAGUGCCUCUUCACAGCAUCACAAGAAAACAGUCAUUGCAGCAGUUCUGUCAGUAGUUGGGGCGGUGUUGCUUGCAGCCAUUGUUGUUUGCCUCAUCCUAGCAUGCAGAGGGAGACCCGGUGAGCAUAAAGUGCUGGAGCCUAAAUCAGUUGAUCCUUACGAGUCCAUGAUCUGGGAAAAGGAGUGCAAGUUCACGUUUCUCGACAUCGUGAACGCCACGGAUAACUUCAGUGCAUCCUUCUGCAUUGGGAAAGGCGGAUUUGGGAGCGUGUACAAGGCUGAGCUCCCCAGCGGGCAGGUCGUGGCCGUGAAGUGCUUCCAUGCCGCUGAGACAGGAGACUUAUCAGAAGCGAGCAAGAAGAGCUUUGAGAACGAGAUAGAGGCACUGACAGAGGUCCGCCACCGGAACAUCGUCAAGCUCCAUGGCUUCUGCACAAGUGGAGGCUACAUGUACCUGGUGUAUGAGUACCUGGAGAGGGGCAGCUUGGGGAAGACGUUGUACGGGGAGGAAGGCAAGAAGCUGGACUGGGGCAUGAGGGUGAAGGUUGUCCAAGGUGUUGCCCAUGCCCUGGCCUACCUGCACCAUGACUGCAACCCGGCCAUUGUUCACCGUGACAUCACCGUGAACAACAUCCUGCUUGAGUCGGAAUUCGAACCGCGGCUGUCUGAUUUUGGCACGGCGAAGCUGCUUGGGUCUGCUUCCACAAACUGGACUUCUGUAGCAGGAUCAUAUGGCUACAUGGCUCCAGAAUUGGCAUACACAAUGAGGGUCACGGAGAAAUGCGAUGUCUACAGCUUCGGAGUUGUUGCUCUGGAGGUGAUGAUGGGGAAGCAUCCUGGUGACCUCUUAACCUCCCUUCCGGCUAUCUCCUCUUCAAAAGAAGAUGAUUUACUACUCAAGGACAUACUAGACCAGCGGUUGGAUACUCCAACGGGUGAGCAUGCAGAAGAAAUUGUGGUCAUCGUGAGAAUUGCGCUUGCUUGCACACGAGCAAAUCCUGAAUUGCGGCCUUCCAUGCGAUCAGUGGCUCAAGAGAUUUCCGCGCAUACUCAAGCUUGCCUUUCUGAAUCAUUCCGACUAAUCACAGUAAGCAAGCUGACAGACUAUCAAAAGUGAUGUCUACCUGUGCAGAUGGAGGGCAGCUAUUGAUUUUGUACAAUGCAGUUGGCGACGUUAAGUUUCUCUCUGUUUUAAUGGCAAAGACGAACUGGAAAAUCAUACCGGUAUAACUGGUUGAUAGACGAUGAAACUAUUCUGAAGAUCGUCAGAAAUCUGUCUGUAGUCAAACGUAAGAUGGAUAGUAGAAAAGCAACAAAUUGUAAGAGAAGUGCCCUUAAGCCACUUCUUUCUUUUUUUUCUUUCUCUCGAUUGGAUGAGAGUUUUCUCUGAAUGGAUAACGGAUAUAUGUGUCACUGCUUGAA